UCGCGCAUGCUCAGUAGCAGCUGUUUUGUAUACAUAACAGUGCCCUUGCCUGUGAUAGCCGAGGACUGCUUCACGUACUGGACUCAAUAAACAGCUUAACUUACCUUCCCAGGUAAAUUAUGUCUGUGAAACACGCCAUUAGCCGGGGGCUCGAGUUGGGCCGGUCGGUCUUUCAGCUGGGUCUCCUCAAAUCGGGUGGCCGAGUCGCAGCAAAGCUCCGAGCUGACCGUUUCCGUGUGGGCCCGUCGGUCCGCACCGUUCAGCCUCAGACUUUCCUGCCGUCUCGGUACCGCUAUUACCGCACCUCUCUGAACGGCCUGGCAGCCCAGCUUCAGUCCGCCGGCUUCCGGAGAAGGUUUGGCGGUGGGUCCCCGCGAAACAGGGCCGUGUUUUUGGCUUUCGGUCUCGGUGUGGGACUCAUCGAACAACAGCUGGAAGAUGACAGAAAGAGUGCGGCGACAUGUGAGGAGAUCCAGGCAGUGUUUAGGAAGAAACGAUUUCAGAGCCCCCUCAAGCCAUUCACCUCUGGAUAUAAACUGGAGGACUAUCUUAUUGGGAAUCCAAUUGGGAAAGGCUCCAAUGCUGCUGUGUACGAGGCGGCAGCUCGGUUUGCCCCUCAGAAGGAGAGUAACAGUGAGUGCUCCCCGGUGCAGCUGAGAGAAGAAGAAGAGGAACGGGAGACUGCUCGAUCUCUGACAUGCUGCUCGCUAAGAAACUUCCCUAUGGCUAUCAAGAUGAUGUGGAACUUUGGGGCAGGGUCGUCAAGCGAAGCAAUAUUAAAAUCCAUGUCACAGGAGCUGGUUCCUGUUGGCCCCCUGGCCUUAAAGCAGGAAAAGGAAGCAAUCACCCUGGAUGGGCAUUUUGGAGUCCUGCCCAAAAGACUGUCAGCACACCCUAAUGUGAUCAGAGUGUACCGGGCUUUCACAGCAGAUGUCCCAUUGCUACCAGGUGCCCAAGAAGAGUAUCCAGAUGUGCUGCCAGCCAGGCUUAACCCUGCUGGUCUGGGCAACAAUCGCACUCUUUUCCUCGUCAUGAAGAAGUACCCCGGCACGCUGCGACAGUACUUGGAAAUGUCGGAACCAAGCCGCAGGCAGGGCUCUCUGAUGGUGCUGCAGCUCCUUGAGGGAGUCGACCACCUGUGCAGGCAGGGUGUUGCUCACAGGGAUCUCAAAUCAGAUAAUGUGCUGUUGGAGUUCGACUCAGAUGGUUGCCCUCGUUUAGUGAUUACCGACUUCGGCUGCUGCCUGGCCCAGAGUGACUCUACUCUGCGGCUGCCCUUCAACAGCAUGUGGGUCAACAGAGGAGGGAAUGCCUCCCUAAUGGCCCCUGAGGUGGCCACUGCAGUUCCAGGAUGCGGUGUGGUGAUUGACUACAGCAAGGCGGAUGCCUGGGCAGUGGGUGCCAUCUCCUAUGAGAUAUUCGGCGAGCGUAACCCAUUCUAUCGAGGAGUGGGACUAGAGAGCAGGAGUUACCAAGAGAAGCAGCUUCCUCUUCUGCCCUCCAGUGCUCCAGCUGAUGUUCAGCUAGUGAUCCGAUUGCUCCUCAGGAGGAACCCAAGCAAGCGCCCCAGUGCCCGUGUGGCAGCUAACAUGCUACAUCUUAGCCUCUGGGGACGGAAGGCCCUGUCCAACCAGGACAGCGUUGGCAUGAAGAAACUGGCUGAUUGGCUGCUGUGCCAGUCUGCUGUGGUUCUUCUGAAGGGCUGUAGUGGACCCAGAGGAAACACGGUGGAGGCGGAGCUUCAGAGGAGCUUCCUGUCUAACCUGGACCUGGAAGACCUGCGCACUGCUGUGGGCUUCCUCUUAUACGGGCGAGAGCAGCGUCAGGCCUGCGUUCUGUCAGCAUAGAUUUACUCUCACUCAAUCAGACACAUAGCUUAAGAGUCAUUGACAUGGAUAGACUGGUAGCCUUGGGUUAAAACUUGCUUUGGUUUUCAGUUUUCCUUUAAACCUGCACUCUUACUGUAAGUGUGUUUCAGCAGUUAUUAUGAAUUAUCAAAUGGUGUAAUUCACCCCUAAACUAGUGUUAUCUAUUGCUACUGGAAUUCCUGAUCCGAAUUUCCCACAAUGUAUCCUCACAGUCUCUGCUACUAGUACCCCUUUAUGCAUCAGGUCUUGUGACUUUUGAGGACUUUUGAGGCUACUGUUGGAGGAAAAAGAUCUUUGUAGUAUAUUUGAUAAGAUUCUCUCAAAUGAAUUUUGUCAGCAACAAAACAACUAAAUUGGCCCAGAAAUGUACCAAUGGCUGCGGGUAUUUCUGUUAUGAGAGGAUAUUUUCUUUCACAAGCUCUGAUGCACUUUUGAGAUAUUUCAUUGGAAAGAUCCCACGCUACAAUCCUUGUGGUUGUCUGUAAAAUGUAGAAGUUUAGAACAGAUAAAGGUGAAGGCCAAAGCUGUUAAUUCACAUUAAGAUAAAAGUGCAUAUUGUACUUGUCACACCCUACUGGAUGAAGGGACAUUACAUUUUACAUAUUCUCAGGUAACAUACAACCGUUAGACAGCUAGUUUGUCCAUCAAACUGUCAGCUAAAACCUAGUGAGGUGUCUGAGUAAGGUUGUGAGCCAAACAGUCACUUUAUUCACCCAUUCUGCAUAAUUUACUGCAUGAAAAAAAUAAUCUCAACAUGUUACUACGUAUUUAUCACAGUGAUGGUGGUUGAUCAUGCAGAUUAUUGACCGACUGCAAGGAUGUGAUUUUGUUUUCUAGAGUUGCACUUUAUGUCUGUUUGCACUUGCUUAGGGCCAUUAUUAUGGCUUACUGGUGAUCGUUGCUGCCAACUGAUCUAUAAUACCUAAUAUAUUAUAUUAUAUGAAAUAUUUUAUUUGAAGAGUGAUUUGGCCCAUCAUAUUAUGAUCUCUUAGUAGAACUAGUCACACUAAGCCUACAAUUUUGGCAUCAUGACAGGCAUAUUUAAUAUAAUAUUAUAAUCAUGUGGACAGUAAAUGAUACAAGAAUUUGAGUGUGUAAGUUUUCAUACUAAAGAUGGUGAUAAAUAUUUUACAUAUUUGUAGAUUUUUCUGCUGUUUCAGAAUAAAAGUGUCCAUCUAAAAAGGUUUGUGCAAAUCAUUCUUCUUAUAUUUUCCUUCCUCUUAUCUCAUUUUUCAAGUUAAAAUUUGACAUACACAGUGUUCUUUGCUGCAGAUAAAACUUAUGAAAGAGAACUUACCUGCAACCAAAAGUAAAUCCUUGAGUAUUAACAAAAACCUUUAGUAAAAAUAAGGUUCAAUAAAUAACACACAAACAACUUUAUUUAGGACAGAGCCAACUUGGCAUUUUAAUGACUUCUACUCAUAAAAUAUCCAAGCUGGUAAUGAAUACAAGGACAAACAUUUCUGUUUGGAAUGUGCUUAAGAACAAAUGUAGCCAUUUGUUUGCUGUUUAACAUGUGCUUUUCAGUUGUGCUUUUAUGUACCUUUUAAUAUUCCUCUCCCU